CCAAUCAUAUUGUGCCUUGGAACGUUGUGGUCCAAUCAACGCAAACGUAGGAGGGCGCUAAAAUGGAUGACGUUCCUCUCCAGCUCAUUGUUGGUGCAUUUCGUUGGUCGGUGGAAGCUGCGGCAGGAAGAACUGAGUGAUGAACAGGAUCCGGAUCCAUGUCCUGCCAUCCAGCAGAGGUCGAGUGACUCAGGCUGCUCGUGCUCAAGAACCUCAGACCUGCUCGUACACCCAAAGACCGUGUUCACAGCCACGUCUGGAAGGCCUGGAGUUCUGCAUCAAACACGUGCUUGAAGACAAAAACGCUCCAUACAGGCAAUGCAGCUACAUGUCCAACAAGAAUGGCAAGCGAUGUCCCAAUGCAGCCCCUAAACCUGAGAAAAAGGAGUCGGUUUCAUUCUGUGCUGAGCAUGCACGCAGAAAUGCAUUGGUUCAGCAGGCUCAAAUGCGGAAAGCAUCCGCUUCGGGACCGUCCCCUGAAGUCCUGCUCUCGCAGCUGAGUGGCUACAGUCGGCCUGAACCUGGAGCUCACAGUCAAGAAGGUCAUAGUGAAGCUAGCCGAAUACUAGAUGAUGAGAGUUGGAGUGAAGAAGAGCAGGAUCCAGUUGUUUUGGAUCAGACCUGGAGAGGAGACCCUGACAGUGAAGCUGAAAGUCUCGACAGUGACCACGAAGACCCUUUGAAGCAUGCAGGGGUUUACACAGCAGAGGAAGUGGCACUCAUCACACGUGAAAAGCUUAUCAGACUUCAGUCCCUCUACAUAGACCAAUUUAAACGUCUGCAACACUUACUAAAAGAAAAGAAACGCCGUUACCUGCACAGCCGCAAGAUUGAACAUGAGACUAUCGGGAGCAGCCUGUUAACUGGUCCAGAAGGGCUAUCUAUGAAGGAAAGGGAGAACUUAAAGAAGUUAAAGGCUUUGCGGCGUUAUCGGCGUCGUUAUGGUGUGGAGGCUUUGCUGCACCGUCAGCUCAGAGAACGAAGACAAGCAAUCACUGAAGGAGGACCGACACAGGCAAUGCGUUUAGGCCAGAGGUGCAUUUCCUUUGUGGAAGGGACACGCUGUUCAAAUCAGUGUCUGCCAAUGACAAGACAUUGUGUCUCUCACAUUUACCAAGACAGCAGCCAAGUUUUAUUCAAGCUGUGCCCUGGUCUUAAGGACGUCCCAUGCGAUCGUCCUGUCCACAUGGGACAGUCGGAGGAGCCCCGCUGUCCUCUACACCUGUCCCUGCCUCCACCCAUGUACCAGCCCGAGCAGGAGUCUCUCGCCCCGGAGCAGCUGGCGUCUGCGCCCACAGACAUGUACCUCAGUGCCGCCGAGCUCCAGCCAACAGAAAAUCUACCUCUGGAAUUCAGUGAUGAUCUUGAUGUUGAAGAUGAGGGUUUGCAGUGUCCGCCGUCCCCCUUGCUCUUUGACACAGCGCUCGCAUUAGAAGACCAAACCAUCAGAGAGAUCGCCGAAGCCCCCAUGGACAUCCUGACCGGGGCUGAGCAGGGCGAUCUGGACGCCUCUGCCCAAGACGCUGAACUCUCAGAGAGAGAUGAGGUGUCUGUUGAAGACUCGGUUGACACUGAAAUACUUGAAGCAGUUGAACAAGCAAUCCCCAUGCAGAAUUCAUCAAAAGACUCUGACACCAAAACAACAGAUGCCUUAUCCUGAGCACCUUAUGACCUGAUUUUCUCAGCUGCUGUGCUGUUUAUAAUUCCAAACAGUUCAUAUAUCUAUUUAAAAGCCAUAAUUCUGGAUUUCUUGUGAAAUAUUUUAGCCUAACAUUCUCAUUACUUAAAAUAACACAUAAUCUGAUUUAGAUUAUGCUUCGUGAAACUAAAAGGACAGCAGUUACAAUAUACAGUAUGUGACGCAUGUGUUUCACUACAGAAAGUCUACCGUUUUCACUUUUUAUCCUGUACAUUUCUGGUUCCAUAUCAUAUUCACGACUCAUACUGGGAUUUGUUCACUAAAAUAAACCUUUACAUCUCA